ACAGCCAAUGAAAAUUCGUAAUACAAAUUCCAGCAUCAUUUCCGGAGCGGUAAUCAAUAACGAAAGUAGAAUUGAUUGCGCAACAUACAAUUCGAAGCAAUUUUGAGCUAAUAACUGGUAUCAGUAAUUAAAAGACUGUGACCUAGACUGCCACCAUGGCUACAGAGGUGGAAAUUGACGACUCCUUGUACAGUCGACAGAGAUAUGUAUUGGGUGAUGGUGCUAUGAAGAGGAUGGCCAAGGCUUCAGUUCUACUGUAUGGUAUGGGAGGUCUUGGUAUAGAAAUAGGGAAAAACAUUGUCCUUGCUGGAGUCAAGUGCUUGACAGUUCAAGACCCCAAUAUUUCCACUACAUUGGAUCUUGGAACACAGUUUUUCUUGCGACCAGAAGAUGUACAAAAUAAAAAGAACAGAGCUGAAGCAAGUGUGCAUCGCCUGCGAGAGUUGAAUCCAUACGUCAGCAUAGAUACCCUUACAAGUGCGCUGAAUGAGUCAACAGAUUUACAGUACCUGAAACAGUUUCAGUGUGUGAUCCUUACAGAACUGCCUCACUCUGUACAAGUUAAUGUGAACUCAUUCUGCAGAACAAAUGGGAUACAGUUUAUCAGUGCCGAUGUGUACGGUUUGUUUUGCGGAGCGUUUUGUGAUUUUGGAGAUAGUUUUAAUGUGGUAGAUCCAACUGGCGAGGAACCGAAAGAAGUUUUCAUAGCUAAUAUAACAAAGGAUAAUCCAGGUGUUGUUACAUGUUUAGAUCAUCGGAUGCAUGGGUUUGAGACUGAUGACACUGUAACAUUUAAAGAAGUUUCAGGAAUGACUGAAAUUAACAAAGUACAGUGUAAAAUAAAAGUGAUAUCACCAUAUGCAUUCAGUAUAUGUGAUACAUCUGGAUCAGAUUUCUCUCCCUAUAUCAGUGGUGGUAUCUGUACACAAGUCAAAGUUGCCAAAACUCUAACUUUUGAAAAUUUGCAAACACAGUUGAUAAAGCCAGAUAUUCUUGUAACUGACUUCAGUAAAAUGGAGGUACCCAUCAGUAUUCAUGCGGGUUUCAAUGCUCUAUAUAAAUUCAGGGAAUCACAUGGACGACUGCCAAAUGUAUGGUGUUCUGAAGAUGCUGACAAGAUGCUGGCUCUAGUCACAGAAAUGAAAGGACAGGGAAAGUUCACUGACAUUGGUGAAAUAUCUGAUGAUGUCAUCAGAUUACUGUCAUAUACAUGUCGGGGAAGUUUCCUACCUCUAUGUGCUGCCCUCGGUGGUAUAGUUGCACAAGAGGCCCUGAAAGCCAUCACAGGAAAGUUCACACCACUCAAACAAUGGCUGUACCUUGAUGCUAUAGAAGUGAUAGACAAAGAUGACAGAGAAAGGUUGGAGUUAUUUCAAGCAAAAGGUGAUAGAUAUGAUCAGCUGAGGAUCUGUGUAGGAGAACAUACUGUACAGAAAUUACACCAGUUAAAGUUGUUUAUGGUUGGUUGUGGUGCUAUUGGAUGUGAGAUGUUAAAGAACUAUGCUAUGAUGGGUGUGGCAACACAACAACCUGGCAAGAUCACUAUAACGGAUAAUGAUCUUAUAGAAAAAUCAAAUCUUAACAGACAAUUCCUAUUCAGACCGCAACAUAUACGAAAACCAAAGAGCACCACAGCAGCACAGGCAGUCCAACAAAUCAAUGCUGUUUUACAGCGUUUAUCAGAAAGUCAACCAGUAGAGGGCGCUGUUCAAGCUAGCAAGUUACUCGUGUUUCGACCAAAAGAUUGGCCAUCUUGUGUACAUAUAGGAAGACUCAAGUUUGAGAAAUAUUUCAAUCACAAGGCCAAACAUUUACUUCACGCCUUUCCUCUAGACACAAAGAUAUCAGAUGGAAGUCCAUUUUGGCAGUCACCUAAGAGACCUCCUACUCCAAUACAGUUUGAUUCCAGUAAUCCUUUGCACCUCCAGUUUGUUAUUGCAACAGCACAUCUAUAUGCAGAUAAUAAUAAAAUAUCUGUACCAAAACCCGUGGAUAUACAACAAAUAACAAAGUUUAUAGCAGAUGAAAAAUUCCCAAAUUUUUGGUCCAAAGAGGGUCUCGAUUUUACUAUCUGGGACCGAUGGGACAUUAAAGGAAAUCCGGACUUUACAUUACAGAAUCUACUUGAUAAACUAAAGGCCGAAGCCCAGGAAGAAUGUGUUAUGGAUUUGGUCGUCUCGUUCCCGAGUUUCAUAAGUGACGAAGAUAUCGGGGGACCCCCUGUACGAUACUUCUUCGGACUUUGAUGCUCAAUAAUAAUUUAAUAUGCACUAUUUAUAAUGCAUCUUUACAUUGCAUUCUUAAAUAUUAGUUCUUGAAGAAACUUAACUGUUUCAUGUCUUUUAUAUUUUUGUUUGUUUCCUGCUUUUUAUGCCGUUGAGUAUAUGAAAUGGGGCAUAUUAGUUUUAAAUAAUAUUACAUGUAUUUAUUUAAAUUUAAGCUCAUUUGUUAAGAAAUCUUGUAGUUUAUUUGAUUAUUUUUUUAAUAUGCUUCAUGGAGAGGUCUUGAAUCCACGAUACAGGGGUCAGUUAAGAAGCACAGACCUUAAACCAUUAGGCCACCGCUCCCAUUUUUCUUGUGCCAACAGGUGAUAUUCUUGUUUAAAAACACUAUUUAUUUAAACUUGAUUGUAAAGAAAG